UGAUAAUGACUGAUACUAAAGGAUCUAUGGUGGCUCCAUUAUCUAAAUAUAAACUAGUAUUCUUAGGAGAUCAAUCGGUUGGAAAAACUUCUAUAAUAAAUCGAUUCAUGUUUGACACUUUUGAUGGCAAAGAUCAUGUAAGACAGUUUGAAUAUUCAAGCCUACAGUUGGUAUCGAUUUUAUCUCCAAGACCCUUUACUAUGAGGAUAGAACCAUUCGACUUUAAUUGUGGGAUACUGCUGGAUAAGAGAGAUUUAGAUCCCUAAUACCAAGCUAUAUUAGGGAUAGUGCAGUUGCUGUAGUUUGUUAUGAUGUUGAGGGUAAUUUCUAAUAAUACAAAAGUGAAACAAUCAUUUGAGAGUGUUGUAAAAUGGAUUGAAGAUGUACGCUUAGAAAGAGGCAACGAUGUAAUCAUCUUUGUAGUGGCCAACAAGAUUGAUCUUGAUAACAGGUAACUAAUGCAUAUUAAUGGGAAGAGUUGUAUCCACAGAGCAAGGAGCUACUCUAGCCAAGGAACAAGAUGCUCACUUUAUUGAAGUUAGUGCAAAAUCAGGAAGCAAUGUUGAAUUACUAUUCAAAUAAAUAGCAGCUACUCUUCCAGGUACUGAAACAUCUUAAAUGGUGAAUUCUGUUGUGAACCAUCCAACCUAACGUAUUCAAUUUCUUUGAUCAAUUAGCAAAUAUAAAAAUAGAUAAUCCGUAAAAUUAAGAUUAGGAAAAAAAAGAUGGAAAGUCAUGUUGUUGAUUUCCUUAUAUUAUUAUAAUAUAUAAUUAUCUAUUCAUAAGUUCUUACAUAUUUAUCACACUCUAAUUUGAUCUUAGAUUGAUUUUAUUAAUUUGAAUUCAAUCUAAUUUANGGUCAUAAGGUAUAAUAUUAAAUUAUUUUAAAGGUGGGACCUAUUAUCUAUGGUGGUUUAUUCUUUGUUAUUGGUCUAUCU